UACACUACUUCCGUCCUGUGCGUUUUACCGCAGUUCCGGCCUGUGUGUUCCACCUUACUUCCGGUAACUGCGUUCCACACACAGGAAGUGAGUUUCCAUCGACUGCUGCAGCCUCCCAGUGUUCGUCGUGAUCAGACAUUCCAGCUGUGAGGACCCAGAGACUUUAUUACAUGUCACAUGUUCUGUAUUCUCAUCCAUCACUAAGCAUGGACACGGCCAGGAGUCACAGGACUGAGGUGAUAAUAAAUAUCACCCUGGAGAUCAUCUACCUGUUGACUGGAGAGGAUUACACAGUAGUGAGGAAGACAUCCAGUGAGUAUGAGACACCCAGCAGCCAUCUCCGCGUGUCAGGAGGACUGAGCAGGACCCAGAGCCCCAUCAUGGUGCCUCAACCUCACUCACUGAUACAUGAGAGCCACAAUGACCAGAAAAUCCUGGAACUCACCAACAAGAUCAUUCAGCUGCUGACUGGAGAGGAGCGGGAGUAUAUGGAGGAACACAGGGGUCUGUACAAGGACGUGAUGAUGGAGAAUCACCGUCCCCUCACAUCACUGGAUGGGCCCAGUAACAGAGAUACCCCAGAGAGAUGUCCCCGUCCUCUAUAUUCCCAGGAUUGUACAGAGGAGAAUCACAGGACCCCACAGGAGGAUCAGUUAGAACACCUGUCUGAUAUUAAAACAGAAGAUAUAGAGGAAGAAGAAGAGACGUAUGUGACUGAUAUGAACGCAGAAGAUACCGAGGGAGAAGAAGAGACGUAUGUGACUGAUAUGAAGGCAGAAGAUAUAGAGGGAGAAGAAGAGACGUAUGUGACUGAUAUGAAGGCAGAAGAUAUAGAGGAAGAAGAGACGUAUGUGACUGAUAUGAACGCAGAAGAUACCGAGGGAGAAGAAGAGACGUAUGUGACUGAUAUGAAGGCAGAAGAUAUAGAGGGAGAAGAAGAGACGUAUGUGACUGAUAUGAUGGCAGAAGAUACAGAGGGAGAAGAAGAGACGUAUGUGACUGAUAUGAAUGCAGAAGAUAUAGAGGGAGAAGAAGAGACGUAUGUGACUGAUAGGAAGGCAGAAGAUACAGAGGGAGAAGAAGAGAUGUAUGUGAGGGGUGAUCAGCAGUGUAAGGAGGAGGAAAUCCCUACAGAUAUCAGCACAGCAGAUGGACACACAAGCAGGAACAUCUCAGAAGGACAUCUACUGUUAUCCCCGGAUUGUGACAUAAACGAUAAUGACAGUAGUCAGGAUUCUCCAGGAGAUAACCCCAUUACCCCAAUUAUACAUCCAGCUCUAUCAGCUGGUCCCUCUGAUACUGGGAAAUGUUCUCCUGAUCACUCUGAUAUUGGUGCAUCUGUUACAGCUCUGACAGUAGAUACAGUGUUUCCCUGUUCUAUAGAUGCCAAAUGUUUUACACAGAACACACACCUUAUUACCCAUCAACCAGCUAAGGCAGAUGAGAGGCCAUUUCCAUGUUCUGAGUGUGGGAAAUGUUUUACACGGAAAUCACAUCUUGUUACACAUCAGAGAAGUCACACAGGUGAGAAGCCAUUUUUUUGCUCUGAGUGUGGGAAAUGUUUUAUACAGAAAUCAGAUCUUGUUAAACAUCAGAGAAUUCACACAGGUGAGAAGCCAUUUUCUUGCUCUGAGUGUGGGAAUUGUUUUAGACAGAAAUCGGCUCUUGUUCCACAUCAGAGAAGUCACACAGGUGAGAAGCCAUUUUCUUGCUCUGAGUGCGGGAAAUGUUUUACCCUGAAAUCAAAUCUUGUUACACAUCAGAGGAGUCACACAGGUGAGAAUCCAUUUCUAUGUUCUGAGUGUGGGAAAUGUUUUCCAUACAAAUCAGAUCUUGUUACACAUCAGAGAAGUCACACAGGUGAGAAGCCAUUUUCUUGCUCUGAGUGCGGGAAAUGUUUUACCAUGAAAUCAAAUCUUGUUACACAUCAGAGAAGUCACACAGGUGAGAAACCAUUUUCUUGCUCUGAGUGUGGGAAAUGUUUUGCAGAAAAAUCACAUCUUGUUACACAUCAGAGAAGUCACACAGGUGAGAAGCCAUUUCCAUGUUCUGAGUGUGGGAAAUGUUUUACAUACAAAUCAGCUCUUGUUAUACACCAGAGAAGUCACACAGGUGAGAAACCAUUUUCUUGCUUUGAGUGUGGGAAAUGUUUUACCCAGAAAUCACAACUUGUUACACAUCAGAGAAGUCACACAGGUGAGAGGCCAUUUCCAUGUUCUGAGAAAUAAAUCGGCUCUUGUCGCACACAAUAGACAUCACUCACGUGAGGAACCAUUCUAUUCUUCUGGAGUAUACUUAUCAUUGCCAUGUAACGUUCUUCAAGGUUCUUAUCCUAUCUCCAGUGCUUUUUGCAAUAUACAUGCUACCACAGGAUGAAACAAUCCAACGUCAUGUCCUCGUUUACCACUGCUAUGCCAAUGAACUGUCUUUUGGUCCGGGUACUGAGAACCCAAUACCAAUCCUAAAUGUCUAGCUGAGCUCCAGGUGUGGGUGAUGCCAGUUGGCUGUGACUCAGUCCUAGUGUAACAGUUCCAUAUGAUAGAAGCUCACGACAAAUGGCAGGGCUACAGCUCAGCUUUGCCUACCAACCAGACUUACACUUGGGGGUUCCGAGUUACAAAAUGCUUAUCCGGUGUGGAAUCUUGGUGUCCUGGAUGGUGGAGUGACACUUUGACAUCAGGUAUCAGCCACAAUCAGAUUCUCAUCUGAGGAACAUAGCCGGACUCCAGCACUUAUUUCCCUCAGAACCCUCAGAAGACCUACAGUCAUGCAUGCAUUUGUAUCAUCACACAUAGAACACUGUAAUGCCCUCUACCCGGGUCUCCCAGCAGAAGAAUUGCACCACUUUGUAGUUUGUACAGAAUGCAGCAGCCAGGAUGUUACCUAACCAGCCCGUUCCUGCCACAUACCACCCAUUCUCUGCUCCCUCACCAUCUACCUUUAAGAUGGUGACUCUGGGCCUGAUUCAGGUUGGUUCGCAGUGUGCGAUCCAACCAGAAUUAUUGAGAAAACGUUGCGGGCGCAUGCACAGCACCCGUCCUGCGCAUGCGCCCUCAUUUUCUAUGGGGGGGCGCAGUAAAUGCGAUUGCCCCUGCCUGUCAAUCAGGCUUAGGCGGUGGCCGGGGGCUGGGCAACGCUCCAUUUCCAGGAAGUAGAUGUGGCAUUGUAGGACAAACAGGGGCGUGAUCACGUCUGCUACGUGACAUCACACGCAGCUGCCGAGAUCGAGAAGAACGUGGCGUGCUUCCUGCGGUCGCAGCUAAGCUGAGCCAGUAGGAGGCUUCACUAAUUUCUAUGAUGAAGCAGAAAUUGUGAGGUGAUCGCAAUUUCUGCUUCAUCAAGGUGGGAGGCGGCAGUCAGCAUGCUAGGAAAAGGAUUGCAAAUGCUGCUAAUUAGCAGCACCCUAUUACAGAAUCUUACUGACUCUCCGAGCCCUACAUGACCAGGGUCCAUGGUACCAGAAGCAGCUUCUGCCUCCUUACUGCCCUGGUUACAUCCAUCUGUUGAUGAAGGACUUAGCAGUACAAUAAAUGCCCAAGAAGUGCUUAGAUGUCAGGGGAAGACAGGAUGGGUGGCAGUAGUGCAGUAGCGGGGCUGCUGGAGGCAGUGUGUAAGUGGAUAAUAUUGUCCCCAAUCAGCGCUGAGGUGGCAGACAGGACGAGUUGCAGUAGUGGGUGCUGCUGGAGGCAGUGUGUAAGUGGGUAAUAUUGUCCCCAAUCAGUGCUGAGGUGGCAGACAGGACGAGUGGAAGUAGCGGGGCUGCUGGAGGCAGUGGGCAAUAUUGUCCCCAAUCAGUGCUGAGGUGGCAGACAGGACGAGUGGCAGUAGUGGGGGCUGCUGGAGGCAGUGUGUAAGUGGGUAAUAUUGUCCCCAAUCAGUGCUGAGGUGGCAGACAGGAUGAGUGGCAGUAGCGGGGGCUGCUGGAGGCAAUGUGUAAGUGGGUAAUAUUGUCCCCAAUCAGAGCUGAGGUGGCAGACAGGAUGAGUGACAGUAGUGGGGCUGCUGGAGGCAGUGUGUAAGUGGGUAAUAUUGUCCCCAAUCAGCUCUGAGGUGGCAGACAGGAUGAGUGACAGUAGUGGGGCUGCUGGAGGCGGUGUGUAAGUGGGUAAUAUUGUCCCCAAUCAGUGCUGAGGUGGCAGACAGGACGAGUGGCAGUAGUGGGGGCUGCUGGAGGCGGUGUGUAAGUGGGUAAUAUUGUCCCCAAUCAGUGCUGAGGUGGCAGACAGGACGAGUGGCAGUAGUGGGGGCUGCUGGAGGCAGUGUGUAAGUGGGUAAUAUUGUCUCCAAUCAGUGCUGAGGUGGCAGACAGGACGAGUGGAAGUAGCGGGGCUGCUGGAGGCAGUGGGUAAUGUUGUCCCCAAGCAGUGCUGAGGUGGCAGACAGGACGAGUGGCAGUAGUGGGGGCUGCUGGAGGCAGUGUGUAAGUGGAUAAUAUUGUCCCCAAUCAGCGCUGAGGUGGCAGACAGGACGAGUGGCAGUAGUGGGGGCUGCUGGAGGCAGUGUGUAA